AUGGGCCCCUUCACCACGGUGUACCGCAACCGCUUCGGCACUUUCACCCGCGUCACCAGCAGUCCACCAACGCGGCCGAGACUGUCGGUGUCCAGCAGCCCCGUGCUGCUUCGAACUGCCGGCACCAGGGGCACUUUCACGAGAGGACGACCGAGUGCGCGGAGCCCGCCGAAUCCGAUGAGGUUGUACCACAUCGCCUGCGCCACGGCGAGCUCGGCAGCCAAGCAGCGGCCGCCGGUCAGACCUCGUCUGCCGCCACCUCCAGUGCCUCCCCGGCCCCCGCCACCUCCUCCGCCCAGACCGAGACCGACCUUCGCCAGUCCGACACAGAGCUCCGCGGCCAAACAGGUCGCGCCGGCCAACAAAUACGCCUCGCAUUCGGCAGCGUCCACCAGGUCUGGAAGCCCUGUGCAGCAGACGUACGGCUCCUCCGGAAGGCUGACGUCCACGAACCGUCAGUCUUGCAGAGCCAGCAGUCUGUCUCUGACGUCUCUGUCAACGAAAGCGAGGCACUUGCCCCGAAGUCCCGCACCUUCACCAACUCCGGUCAAGCGGAGCGAGACGUUCACGAGGAAGAGCGCGGGUUCAACCGCAGCCGCAACUAACCCUUCUGCUGCUCCUCUUGCUGGAGUGGAGACGGAGCGGCAGGGGCCAAGCGCUUCCAGAACGAAGCUGACCAGAAGCCGCACUUUCUCGAAGGACGACCGAGUCGAAAUCGUCAAGAGGGACUCCUCCCCUAGGGUGUUCAAACCAAAGUCACCGUCGCCAGCCCAGUCUCCAGACAGGAUGACGUCCAAGGCACCUCCAGCUCCAAAAGCUGCGCCGCCGCCUCCAUCGCCUCCAGUGGCUGCGCCGUCCGCCCCGCGAUCGCCGCCCAGUGCCGGGGACAAGCAGAAGGCGAUCAGGGGUGGACGCACCAAGACACCGCCGAGGGCGACAACAUCGACACGGGCAUCCACGGAGCGGUUGGCGUCGCAGGCACAACCGCGAGACGAUGAUAAUGCCGACGAGGAAUAUGAGAUUAAUGGCGCGUGCGUUGAUUACGAUUUGCCGGUCGCUGUUGUUGCUAAUGGAUCCCUGCGUAGGGCAAGCAAACCGGCACUCACGAAAGAGAUAUCCGACAGGGACCCCGGAGCCAUCCAGGGUACCACAGCCAAUUCAAAGACAUCAAGAAGCAUUAUGGUUCAGACUACCGACAUUUAG